AGGAACUUCAAAAGGUACAGAAUGGGUUUCUUCUUCUCGAGCGGUCAUCUGUUCACUUCAUUUCACCAAACAAGAUUUCAAGCAAGGAGCAAAAAGGAGGAUGCUUCUGUCAGAAGCUGUACCGUCAGUGUUUUUAGAGUACCCAUCUUACCUGCAGCCGGCUCCCGCCUCAAAACGAAGACGACUUGAACGUGAAUCCUGUAAAACACCGAGCACUUCCACUUCAGCGCAUCCGGAAUCACCAACAGAAACCGAGGACACGUUUGCAGAUGUUGGAGAUGACAACACCACUGAAACUUCGCAGCAAGUCGGUGAAGAUGGACGGAGUGAGCAAGCUGACAUAUGUAAACCAAGGCUCGAGGCAAAAGAAUGUCAGACCGUGUUUAACCUUAAGGCCUUGAUGGAUCACAACAAAAAGCUAGAAAAGCGACUCCAAAUGCAAGCAAAGCGCCUCGGCGAUAAACUCGCUUUCCUCCGAACAGCCAACAACAAUGUUCGUGCGCGGCUAAAAGAAUUCAAAGACAACAUACUUGCUCAGUGCAUUUUGAAUGUUGAGCAAGCAGCCCAGGACGACAGGUGCGCAAUGUUUCUGAAGCAGCAACUCAAACUUUGA